CCAUGUUCGCGCUGCGGGGCGGGGCCGGAGGCGGGGCCCGCCGGGAGCGCCACGCCCCCGGGCCGUCGGCUGCGCGGCUCCGCGCGCGCUCCCGCCCUGCAGCCCCGCCCCGCGCCGGAAGUUCCGGUGGCGAAUCGCCCGACCGGGCCGAGCGGAUCGCGGCGCGGGCUGCGGGUGAGGGGCGGCCGGGCGCGGAGCCCGGGAGCGGAACCUAGGCCGUGCCGCGCGGCGCCAUGAAGGGCAAGGAGGAGAAGGAGGGUGGCGCGCGUCUGGGCGCCGGCGGCGGCAGCCCAGAGAAGAGUCCGAGCGCGCAGGAGCUCAAGGAGCAGGGCAACCGGCUCUUCGUGGGCCGCAAGUACCCGGAGGCGGCGGCCUGCUACGGCCGCGCCAUCACUCGGAACCCCCUGGUGGCAGUGUACUACACCAACCGGGCCCUGUGCUACCUGAAGAUGCAGCAGCCAGAGCAGGCUCUGGCCGACUGUCGGCGAGCCCUGGAGCUGGAUGGGCAGUCGGUGAAGGCACACUUCUUCCUGGGUCAGUGCCAGCUGGAGAUGGAGAGCUACGACGAGGCCAUUGCCAAUCUGCAGCGAGCUUACAGCCUGGCCAAGGAGCAGCGGCUCAACUUUGGGGAUGACAUCCCUAGUGCUCUGCGCAUCGCCAAGAAGAAGCGCUGGAAUAGUAUUGAGGAGCGGCGCAUCCACCAGGAGAGCGAGCUGCACGCCUACCUCUCACGGCUCAUCACUGCAGAGCGCGAGAGGGAGCUGGAGGAAUGUCAGCGGAACCAUGAAGGUGAUGAGGAUGAUGGCCAUGUCCGGGCCCAGCAAGCCUGCAUCGAGGCCAAGCACGACAAAUACAUGGCGGACAUGGAUGAGCUCUUCUCUCAGGUGGACGAGAAGAGAAAGAAACGAGACAUCCCCGACUACCUGUGCGGCAAGAUCAGCUUUGAGCUGAUGCGGGAGCCCUGCAUCACACCAAGUGGCAUCACUUAUGACCGCAAGGAUAUUGAAGAGCAUCUGCAGCGUGUGGGCCAUUUUGACCCUGUGACCCGGAGCCCCCUGACCCAGGAACAGCUCAUCCCCAACCUGGCCAUGAAGGAAGUCAUCGAUGCAUUCAUCUCCGAGAACGGCUGGGUGGAGGACUACUGAGGACCUGACCCAGAGGGUCCUGAGGCAGAAGCCCCAGAAUCUGUACAUAGUUUGUGUCUCUGGGACCGUCCCCAUCAGUUCUGCUGGUGGGCUCUGGACUGCUCCCUCUUUCAGCAUAGCCCUUGCUGGGCCAUGAGCCUCCCCUGCCCCCUUCUGGGCAGGAAAAGCAGGUGAAGGUGGGUUGGGCUGAGGCCCGUGCUGCUGCCACUGUCUGUGUAAUAAAAUCUGUGAGCACUACA